AUGGUGGACGACGAACCUAACCAACACUCUGUGAAGAAUCUUCGGGCUACGAAAUGUACCUUUGCCGACACAGUAGCGGCUCAAGCGUCCUUUAAUGGUCUAGAGAAUCUGCAAACUGAUGGGCAUGAGUGGGCAUUCGAAGAACCUGAGAUUGAAUCUAACUCAGAGAUGGAGCCGCAGGAGAUUUCCGACGGAAGACCAAGGGUCACGUAUCCGAAAGAACUUCAGAGAGAAUGGUGUCACGAAUGGAGACGUGCGAUUAUCGUUAAGUAUCUAGGUAAAUACAUCAUCUUUAAUGUUAUGAACAACCGUCUACCAUCCAUAUGGGGGCUUCAAGGGCGAGUACAUCUCAUGGAUAUCGGCUACAAUUGCUUUGUUGCUCGCUUUGAGAACAAACAAGACUAUCUCCACGUUCUUCUCGACGGACCGUGGAAAAUUUUUGACAACUACAUUGCUACCCAACGUAGUGAACUAGAGUUCAAACCCAAAACGACGAAGAUUGCCAAGAUGGCCGUUUGGGUUAGGCUACCGGACUUGUCGGUUGAAUAUUUCAGAGAUGAUGCUAUAAAACACAUCCUAGAAAAUGUAGGGAAACCUCUCAAGUUGGAUCAUACUACAAUGGCAAGAGAGAGGGGAAAAUUCGCCCGUGCUGCGGUUGAAAUUGAUCUUAACAAAUCCCUGGUCUCUGAAAUAUGGGUCAGGAACACGGUGCAAAUCGUCGAAUACGAAGGCCUCCAUGUGAUAUGCUUUGGAUGUGGCAUUGUAGGACAUCGAGAACAAUAG